GUAGGGGAUAUGUCAGCUUCCUAACUUCAACUGCUGUACGUAACAGGUCACAACUUCACAAGACACACUAACAAACUUAACUUGUUAAAGGCGGGAGAAGUACAUACUUGUUGGAUUUAAAGUAAUGACAACAUAAUCAAGAAGGAUUAAAAUUUGGAUUCUGAAAAAGUCCUCGGAAUUUUUGUUUUGAACACAUGGUAGCAGGUUUUGUCAUCGCUCGAAAAGGGCAACCAUUUCCAAGAGUCUAAGAGACACAAUAUAGCUGCGCAAUGGACAGUGCACCAAAUGAAGAUGGCAAAUCGGUGCCCACAGACUCUUCGGAGACUAGUCCAAAAAAAGCGAACGCACCCACUGGAAAUACUUAUCUACAACUUCCGAAAAACACUUUAGUAGAUCCACACAGUUUGUAUACUCCACCCGUAAAGAUCAGGCCGUUGAAAUUGAGCAGAAAGCCCAGUCGGGAGGCUAGAAGCACAGAGACCGAGUCCGGAUACCUUGAGCCUAUCAGGCUUCAGUCACCAUCGGAUGAAACUACAAUAGACACUGAUUACUACAAUCGUAUAGAAUUACCGUAUAGUCGUCCAGCAGUUGAAAAAAGAAGCAAUAUUUCACUAACACCAACACCAACCAGAGCACUACCGAAGCCAACUUACUACACACCACAACCAAGAAGAAAACCACCGAUACUUUCUCCACGACCCGAUAAAAAAAUCUUGCUCAAGAAAUCACCCUCAACAUCAUCAUCUUUAAAAAGCUCCAUCAGUCGUUCAACUGGGAGAUCUGAUGGUAGUAUCAAGGAAAGAGAGCAGUUUAAUCCGUUCCGAGAGGAGUUGCCUACAGAAAGCGAGUAUGAUUGUGAUAGUUACUCCAGACCUCCAUCACCAACGUCAAUAACAUCAUCAGUCUCAGAAAACUCACCUGUUCGUAUUCCCUCAGUUGAAAAACAAUCUGCAAUUCUAUUAUCAAACCCUGAUGAAAUGCCACCUACAAAAAUGAAUCCGGUGGAGAGGAGGUACAGUCAGCGUUUGACGCCCACCUCAGCUACAUCUGUACACUCGCUCAGAUAUUUCUCCCCGCAGUUUCCUCGACGUAAGCCGCCUUGGAUUCCAUACUCACCUAAACAAGAAUCGCCAGUCACACCUACGAAAAAGCUGUUUUUAAAUAAAGAUGGAACAAAAAGUCCAAGAUCGAAAUCACCAGUUGCUCGACAUCUCCAACCAUCACCAGUUACUACACCGUUGCCUCCUUCCACCUCUAGCAUUCCAAAGAAAAACUUUUUUAAAGAACGUUCACAAGCGAUACUUGAUGAUGACGAUAGUGGUACGGAAAAAUUUGAGCUUCAGAAUAUUCAGCAUAAUGACUCAAGGCCCGACCUCCUGGAUGGUAACAUGUCUGAUAUUAGCUCCCUUGGUUUUCCAAAUGGUAAAACUUCGGAUAUUGCACGGACUCCGUCAAUCUGCUAUCCGUCGGAUAAGGAUUCACAUUCGGAUUCGUCGUACAUGUAUGAAAAUGUACGAGAAAAGAAAAGAAAACGUCGACGGAGUGCUAGUAGUAUGUCCUUACGAAGUUUAGCCGCCAGUCGGGAGGUACUCAACGAUAUUUUUAAAAGCGAUCGGGAGGAAAACAAAAAGAUGAAAGGAGUGAUUGGGUUAUGCGUAGCGAUAUUCCUCGGUGCUGUGUUGUUCAUUGGCCUACAUUACGGACUGUAUUACACUGAAGUAGUUUCAGUUAUUAUCACUGUAGCGUCGACAUUUUUCAUAGCUCUCAGUCUAGCAUUCAGUGUUCGAUCUAGGUGUAUAGCAGCUCUAAUGGUACCAACUUUAUGCACCUCUAGGGGGCGUGCUGCGCUUUUAACUUUGACUUUGGCUUUUCUACUGAACGGACCAAUCAAGAAUAUUAUCGAAAAUGGAAAUGAGGUAUCAAAGGCCAUGACAUGUAAUGCUGAAGUUUUAAGUAAACACAGUGAACAAAUCCAAACAGCUGCAUUAACUUCAUUUGAGGACUACGAUACAGGAAAGUUUUUGAAAAAUUCUGCCGACACGUGUAACACAGUGAUGAGGGAAGCGUACACCGAUUGUACAGUGAAACUAGAGAAAGUUUACACCGACUGCCAGAAUGCCAUAAAGGUAGUAGACACUCUCUGCGAACCUCUGAAACUUGUGGGUCUCUGUGAAGUCAUUCGUGUUGGUGGUGAGAUAUGUCUUUUACCAGAAUUAGGAGACAACAUUGUCGAAGCUGCAGUAGUAGAUGUCUCAGAAAUUGUGGAUGAUAUAGUGGAUAAAUUCAACGUAGAUAUAGAUUUUGUGCCAAACUGGCACGAAACGAAGGUAAAUUUGACAGGCGAUCCGAAAGCCAUAGCUAAGCAGAUAAGCGACAAACUGGAGGAAACUUUUGGAACAUUUGAUAUUAUAACCUUAAUUUUGGAUCGUCUGGUUGCUUUUUCAGUUGUCUACCUACUUUAUCAAUCCUAUAGGUAUCAUGCGAGUUACGUCACCAAAGACAGGUUCGAUAAUUUCUACAUUACGAAGGAGUUCAGGAAAUUGGAUAAGUUCAGAAUUAAAAACAGACAUGAACCUCUUCUACCCCUUAAGAAAUACGAAAAGAAGAAAUUAAUUGACGUUACAUCUUUCGCCCUUUCCAAUACAGAGAAAGGGAAGUUUAAAAUCGGGUUAGCACCCGCGCUUUUGAAAGUUCUUAUGACGGGCAUUAUCGUCCUUGUAGACUAUGGAUUUUAUUGGUUACUGUUCGUUAUGCAACAACUCUAUAGUGAAAUUGAUUACAAUGCAUCAGGAGGGGGAGAUCUGAGCUACAAUAUAGAGGGAACUGGUCUGAUGGCCGAUUUUGCUCGCAAUCUAUACGGCGAAGGUACUCAGAAUGCAAACACGUUUCAAAUUUCAUCAGAUGCAGAAAAGUGCAUACCACAACCUACAAAGCCAGAUGACAGGAUCGUCAUCAUCAUAGGUGUGUUGCACGCUUUCAUAAUAUUGACUAUUCUUUUCCAAGCAUAUGCCCUGCGCUUACGUCGUUGGAUUGCGGCAUAUUAUUACCCGGAUCGUGAACACGCCCGUACAAUUUACCUUUACAAUAAAACACUAAGAAAACGAAGAACACUAUGGUCAAUAUUAGAACAAACGAUAAAGGACAACCACCGAGAGCAAAGAGAAGUAGAGAGAAUAAGUUUCCGUGCCUGGUUGGCAGCACAGAAUAAUUUCUGCCGCAUAAUCUUGCGAAAUAAGUCUCGCGCAUGUCUUGGCUGCGCAAGCGAAGAGAAUGAUUCAUUUUAUAUUUGUGACAAUUCAAGAUGUAGCGGUGCUUACUGUGCGGAGUGCUUACAACAAAUUGGCAACAAAUGUACACUCUGUGAGGAUCCCAUUGACGUCGAAACCGGUGUCAAUAAUACACAAAAUUAAUCGUUACCGGCGAGCAUCGUUACCGAGCAAUGAUCAGCGGUUGUGCGUACUGGGAGAAUGUGAGCUAUAUUUUUAAAGAAAUUGAUUGCGAGAUGAUGACCAAUGCUUUCGACUUUUUAAGGCAUGUGAGAACCAAACUAUGCUUCCGUCUAACAUUCAGCAGCACUGUUAUUACAGAAACGUUAACUAAAAUUAUGUAUACAAUCGGCAGUACUGUACUUAAUAAAAAGGCUAUGAAAACAUUACUAUUUUGUAAUAAAUUGUUGUAUAAUAUAAUUAUAUAUCAUGAUGCAUAAUGAAAUUGUUGCUAUAUUGUUUUAUUGUAUUACCUGUAUUAUCAUUUUGUAAAAUAUGAUAAAUUUGAUUGUAAUAUGUAUAUGCUUAUAUUUUGUACUGUAGAUAAAGGUGUAGAUAAUGGUGUUUAAAUAAAUUAAUAUGUACAAUACAAUCAAAGAUGUUGUCAAUAUUAACACAUUAUACCAUAUGAGAUAUGGAAUAUAACCAUGCAAGUAAAAUCUCUUUCCUAUGUGUAAAAAACUGUUGAACUUAGCCUAACUUAGUUCUUUGCUUUUUACACAAUUCAGCCCAAAACAAGGCCUGAAAGCCACUUCUUGGUAUAAAUGGGUUUACCAUAGUAAUUUAUCACCAGUGGAGGUUUAUCUCCGCACCAAUGUUACAAUCAUGUGUUUUACUUUUAUUUUUGUUAUUAUUAAUAACGAUAAUUAUAUUUUGCCAUGAAAUUCUUGCUUUUAGGGCUGAAACACAGUGUGAUCCACAGCUCGUCAACAAUACAAACUGGGAUAUCUAAGCAUGGCCAACAGAAAUUGGUCAGCAUGUCGUUUGAUCUCCUGACUGCAAGUUUAACAAAUGCUGAACCAAACUGCCUACCGGGCCCCAAACUACAUUAUGUAAUGGCGAAUCCAGGAAUUUGAAAUAGGGACUUUUACAGAUGGAGAGUCUUUACCACCUCUGCCCAACCCAACCAUGGUUGGGGCAGAGGUAAGAAAAUUUAUAAUUAUGGUACUUCUAAAUGGUCGGCAAUGGCACUCACAGACUUUCACUUUAUAUAUUAUUUUUUUAUAUUUUGAAAACUUUGGGGGGGAGGGUCUCUCCAUGGCUGGCUGGACCCCUGUCUCCGCUGCUGCUGUGCGUGUGAUUUCCAAUCUCAACUUGGAUUUUAGACAUGCAGGUUACACAAUGGGAGAACGAAAAGAUCGUAUUCCCGAUUAAUUGCUGAAGUGAGAGUCGAGAGCACAACUACACAUGCUCUCGGCUGAACGACUGAAAACUGGAUCCUAUAGUAUAAAGUAUAGGAACCAUGAUAUAUGUGAAUGAUUCACUAUGACUGGUGCCAGAGGACGCUAUCAACAUGUUUAAGUCAUAUUAAAACGCACCUUAAUAGAUCCUCAUCAUUUAAUAUGACCUGACAUUAGGUAUUUACAUAACUUCAUUUUUUUCCAUAAAAUAUUAAAUGACAAGGAUCUAUUGUUGGUGUGGUAGUAAAAAACAAAUAUUUUUCAUUCAUGCAUGCAAGGGAAAGAAUAUUUUCAUUCAUUAAGUUGUGGAAUGUUGCAUCCAGCUCACGGAAAUAUUCUUCCUAUUACAUUUAACUUUCAUGUAAUAAACAACUUAUAAUGCAAUUAUCAAAAUACAUACCAAACUUACUUCAGGUACUAAAAUAUUUAAUGAUAAAUCUAUGCAUAUUCAAAUAACAUUGCUAUCACAAUUGUUUUAAAAUCACUUGACUACUACUAGCGAGUUGAUUGGUUACCUGUCUCUUGACACUUCGGCAAGUUUAAAAUCAAUGUACAAAUAUUGCACUAAUAAGCAAAAACUACAAUGCAUGAUGAAGUAUCAUUGUCAAAUGACAUCACUGUAGGGUAUAUGGUGGUAUACUACAGGUACAGUACCAUACACGUAUUUGUGUACACAUUGUCAUUUAGAUGGGUUAAAACCCUGUACAAUAAUCAGUACUCCAAUCACAUUACUCGUGUUUCAAUACAGUGUUCAAUCCAUACACAUUUCAUACAGUAUUUGAAAAAAAAUCUCAAAGAAUAGACAACAAUACUACGUAACCGUACAUCUAGUUAGUUAAUUAAAGGCGAUGUAAACUACUCAGAUGUAUUUAUUUGGGUAACAAAUCUACCACAUCAAUUGACAGUUACAAAACCAGGCGUUAUUUUUCAAGGAACCUAUUUCAAAACACCUAAACAAUAACAAAUAACAGUUAUAAUUCAAUUCACUUUUUAAAAAUGAUAUGCCUAUUAUUUUCUAUAUUAUUCAUCGGUGUUUAAUAACAUCGUAAUGAUGAUUAAUUAAACAUCAGAUUGUUUUUAAUGUUGGACAUUAUCCCUCUUCCAAGCAAUGACUCUUCAUGUAACCCAAUGCUUUGCUACUGAAAAAAAAAACAAAUUGCGUCUGAGUAUUUUACAGCCUUUUUAUUACUUUAUGUAAAAUCCCCAUAUUUGCCAUUCAAAGCAUUCCAAGUCCUAUCUAAAAACAAUAGGUUGACUUAUUACACUUAAAAAAAUAAAUAAAUGAACAUUGGUGAACAAUGACUUUAAUUGUACUUCAGACCCAUCAAUUUAAUGGUUUUUGAUGAACUGUGACAUUUGGUGUACACUGGACGACCUAAAUGUAUUUUGAGUGAAUCAGAUGCACUACAAGGUCUAUGGUAUAUUUUAAAAGACCCUCAUGAAAAAUAUUGAGAUGUUCUUGUGUCAAAGGAUCCAGGCAAAUUUUUAAAAACCCUAAAAUAUUUUGAUCCUGUAAAAUAUAAAUGAUUGCUGAUGAUUUCAAAGAUUUUGUAGAAUGUCAACAGACAAAGUGUCACGCAGACUUUGAUCCCUGUGAAUUUGUCACCACCCGCCCUGAGCUUAAGUCCAUAGUGACCACUGAAGCAGAGUAUUUGGCUUUUAGGCUAAAACCUCUUGUAUGCACCCACCUGUCUUACCAUGGAGAGAAGCAAAUUCACUAUAAAAUUAGGUACAGCAGGGUGGCCAAAUUUAAUUGACACAAUGAACUGCACUGGCAAACAAAAAUGAGCAAAAGUAAUUAAAAAAAAACUGGGGGAAGUUUUUGUAAAGUUUAAAUUAUUCAGCGAGGCAGAAUUUUGACAAAUUACAAUUUAUCAUACAAGAACAGUGUUUGUAAUAAACAUUACUUAUUCAUUAUAAA